ACUGCUGAAUUAUUGGAGAAUAAACCAAAGAAGACUUUAGAAGAGAUGCGCUCUUUAGACCAGCAUCAUAUUGUGGAUUGUUAUGAGAUUUCUCCUGAAUCAUUGACCGAAGAUUUCAUUUUAAA